AUGCCUAAGGAAAAGAAGCGAAAACGCGAAUCAGGGGAGACAAAGUCCGGAAACAAGUCGAAGGCGAGCCUCGACACUCGUCAGCAAAACGAUCGUGUCGAUAGAUACGAAGUUGACACCACCAAACCCUCCGCCGUGUUCCAGCCCACAGGCGGCCGAUCGCACACACUGUCAGUGGCCCUACCUGGAAGCAUCAUUGGCAAUGCAAAAUCCCAUGACCAAAAGACUUUUCUAGCUGGCCAGAUUGCGAGGGUGUUGGCGGUAUUCUGCGUCGACGAAGUAGUCAUCUUCAACGAUGACGAUCCGGAAACUCAGCAACAGCGGCCGGCAAUUGGGGAAAACGAAUACACAGCUUUCUUCCACCCAGACCAUUUUCUAGCUCACCUUCUCUCAUACUUGGAAACACCACCUCAUCUCCGCAAGGCUCUAUUCACUAUGCACCCUAAUCUUCGAACCGCAGGUACGCUACCCAGUCUGGACAUGCCGCAUCAUUUGCGCGCACACGAAUGGUGCGAGUAUCGCGAAGGCAUCACUGCCGCUGCCCUUGCUGACGGCAAGGGGACGUUGGUCGACGUUGGCCUGCCUGGGUUUUUAACGCUGUCAGGGGCAGAGAUUCCCCCCAAUACACGAGUCACUGUUCAUUUGAAAGAUGAAACUUCCAAAACCGCUGAAGCCGUCUCACCCAAUGCUCCGCGGGAAGAAAAGGGGUACUAUUGGGGUUAUACCGUACGACAAUGUAGCUCUCUCACGGAUGUGUUCACUGAAUGCCCCUACGACGGAGGGUACGACAUCUCGAUCGGGACUUCGGAAAGAGGGCAGCCAUUAGCAGACGUGCUCGCUGAAGAAUCCAUGGUUGACCCAGUUAGCUACCAACACGUGCUCAUGGUCUUCGGUGGUGUGGCCGGCCUGGAGACCGCAGCCAAGAAUGACACCAACUGUCGAGAAAUGGGUCUCGUUGGAGAAAAUGUCAAGGAAUUGUUCGACGUGUGGGUCAAUUUGGUACCUGGCCAGGGUAGUCGUACGAUCAGAACCGAAGAGGCUGUUUGGCUGGGAUUGAUGGGCUUCAAAGGUUUCGUGGAUCGUCUUGCAAGGAGAUCCGGAUCGUCGGAUAAAUGA